AUGACUGAGGUUGUCUCGAGCAUCCUCGGACCUCUCGUGGAGAAACUGGCUUCAUCGGCUGUUGAAGAAAUUCAACUGGUAUGUGGCGUCAAGGCUGACCGAGAGAAGCUCAAGAACAAGCUAAAGAUGAUCCAGGAGGUGCUCGCCGACGCUGAGCAGAAGCAAAUAAAAGAACCAGCUGUGAGGCGUUGGCUGUCGGAGCUUAAAGACUUCUGCUAUGAUGUCGAGGACGUGCUAGACGAAUUCGAAACCAGGGCCUUGUGGAGGCGGGCCAGGUUGACCGAGCGCUUGACCCUCAGAAGGAAGGUACGCUACUUGUCCUCGUGGCUAUCCAACUUGAUUUUCCAGUUUAAGAUGGCAAAUAAAAUGAAAGAGCUGGGAAAGAGACUUGACGGGAUCAAUGAAGAGAAAACUAAGUUCGACUUGUCGAGUAAUGUUCAAGAAAAGACUAUAGUUCCGCGGAGGGAAACUCAUUCUUUUGUACCCGCUUCGAAUGUGAUUGGAAGAGACAAAGAAAAGGAAAGGAUAAUAGAGUUGUUGAUAAGGUCAGAUGAUGGUGGAGCUGGAAAGAUAGCGGUCGUUCCGAUUCUUGGAAUGGGGGGUACCGGAAAGACCACUCUCGCUAAAUUGGUAUACAAUGAUGACAGUGUAAACGAACAUUUGGAUCACAAAGUUUGGUUAUCCAUGCCAGUAGAAUUCGAAGCUAAGAAGACAAUAAGAGACAUCAUCGAGUCCCUUGGAGACACAGAAAAUAGUGAUAGACUUGAAAAGCUGCAAGAACGCCUAGGAGACCUCGUGAAGGACAAAAAGUGUUUGUUCGUAAUGGACGACGUGUGGAAAAUGAGGAGGGAGGAUUGGGUGGGACUGAGAGAUUUGUUAGGGGGCGUUUCCGAAGGGAGUAAAGUCAUUGUGACUUCGCGGAUUAAAUCGAUCGCCGAAAUCAUGGGCGCUGUCCCUCCGCUUCAUUUGGCCAACCUUUCGGAGGAGGAAUCUUUGACAUUGUUCGUGAAGUGCGCGUUCGAUCAAGGGCAAGAGCAGAAUCACCCGGACCUUAUGGCGAUCGCCAAGGAAAAUCGUGGGCAAGUGCGGGGGAAAUCCUCUGGCGGUGAAGACUUUGGGAUGCUUGCUGUAUUCAGAGAAAAAGAACCGGGGCGACUGGGAACACGUAAGAGAUAG